GUAGCUGGAUGGCACCGUACCGCUCACUCAAUUCAUUGGCCAAUCGAAUUCGAGCUAUGUCCACUGUUGUUUAGCUGCGGUGAUUUGUAGCCUCUCUGAAAUUUCGUAUUUAUAUCCCGUAAAAUUAAAUCUACAUAAAAGACUAACGUUAGAAUUAGUUCCAAAUCCCCGCCUAAAUAAUCGAGCGAAGGGACUGUAACCAGAUCUUCCGAACAAUCAAGAAACGAACCAAAGUGCCUAACAUUUUUGCUGUCAUUUGUUUUUUCUAAAAUAAUAGUCUUUUCUUUUGUUUUCGUAUAGUGUCUAGUGUUAACACGGGUCUUGCAAUGGUCCGAGCUGUUUUCUAGCAUCGUCCAGUUGUGUACAGUAUUUUGCAUGAGGUCACGGCGGUGGUGCGGAGGCCGCAUGGAAGCCCGGCGGCCUGGUGAUUGUGCGCUGCGUGUGCUGCGCGCGCAAUUCCGCCGCGCCCUGCCGGAAUGGACCGCGCGAUCUCGUCGCCGCCGAACGGCGCGCACCGUGGGCCGGAGCAAGGAGGACCCAGCGAAACCCUUGAUACCCCGCAGCCAGCGGAUGCCGUAAGCGAAACGGAUACUUCGCGGCCGGCGCCGCGUACGCUACCCCCCAUCCCCGAGAGCGAGCCCCUCCUGCACGAGCCGCUCGGAGCGAGCGCUCUCGGUGAUAGCCAGCGGAAGCCCAACGGGCGGUCUCUCCAUGUGAAGUUCGACGCGCAGUCCCCGCCCGCCCCCGUCUCCAGCUCCAGUUCGAGUUCCAGCUCCAGCGAUGACGAGGACGUGUCCAUCGCCGAGGCGCGCCCGCCCGACGGCGGCUGGGGCUGGGUGGUGGUGUUCGCCUCCUUCAUGGUCAACCUCAUCGCGGACGGCAUCACCUUCAGCUUCGGCGUCUUCUUCCCGCACUUCCUCGAGUACUUCGGUGAAGGCAAGGGCAAGACGGCGUGGAUCGCGGGGAUCUUCAUGGCGAUGCCGCUGCUCUCCGGGCCCAUCGCCAGCUUCCUCACCGACAGGUACGGAUGCCGGCGUAUGACCAUAUUCGGCUCGGUGCUGGCGGCGGUCGGAUUCGUCAUCUCUGCCUUCGUGGAUAACAUGGAGACGCUGUUUUUGACCUUUGGAAUCAUGGCUGGGUUCGGCCUGAGUUUAUGUUACGUAGCAGCAGUUGUAAUAGUAGCCUAUUAUUUCGAGAAAAAACGUUCCUUAGCCACUGGCAUAUCCGUGUGCGGGAGCGGUAUCGGGACUUUCAUAUUUGCGCCACUGACUAAUGUUCUGUUGGAUGAAUAUGGUUGGCGCGGUACUACUUUAAUCUUGGCUGGAUUAUUUCUGAAUAUGGCGGUGUGUGGAUUAUUAAUGAAGGAUUUGCCCUGGACGGCAACCAUGAACGAAGAGAAAGCCAAAGAAAGGAAACGAAGGCGGGAACGGAAACGCAACAAGCGCUACGGAUCGUCAGUGGACAGUUUCUCGGACAGUAAAAGCAGUGCUGCAGGCUCGACGAAAGUAGUAGACAAUGUAGAUAUAGAAGCGGUGACGUCACCGAUCGUGCCGCAAUUCAGUUCCUUAGUAGACCUUCCCACUUUCAUGACGGGUGGGGAAGGAGUGUCUUUAGAAGUAUUCGAAUUAAUGUCAAAUCGGGGUCGAGCAUAUGCUAUGCUGGCCCAGAACUACCCGGGCGUGAUGUUGCCUUCGAGAAGCUUCAGUGACAGUGGGCGGUUGAACGAGCAGUCGCCGCCGAGAGCUCUGAUGUCACCAGGGGUUUUGUCUCCGGGCGCUAUGUCGCCUACAUCUGCUCCGACAGCGAAUGGGAACGCUGCCCCUUUGAGCGAGAAAGCCGCUCUGUCUCUAUGGCUGCGGAAGCAAGCAACUAGUGGCGUCGUCCCUAAGAAGCCGCCAGCUUUCUUCAAGGAUCUCCGUGUGCACAGACACUCGCUGACGUACCGCGGUGCCAUGCUCAAUAUCAACCGCUACCGACUGCGAGCCUCCUCCUGCCCGAACAUCUUCAGGAACUCUAUGACCACCAUUGCAAGGGAAAAGGUGCAAUGGUACGCCGGCCUGUGGGACUUCUGGGACCUGGUGGUAGACGUCCUUGACUUCUCCCACUUCCUCAACCCACCGUUCCUGUUCUUCGCGCUAUCAAACUUCCUCCUGUACAUGUGGUACGAUGUACCAUACGUAUACAUCGCCGACCACGGCCUCAGCAUGGGCUUCAACGAAUCGCAAGCGUCUAUGCUCAUCUCUGUCAUUGGGAUACUCAAUAUGUUUGGGGAGAUCUUGCUCGGCUGGGUAGGCGACUGGGAGUGCGUGAACGCCAGCCUGGUCUAUGCCGCUUGCAUGCUGCUCUGUGGCUUCGUCACCCUGCUGAUGCCGCUUCUAACCGACUAUUUCACCCUCGCGGCGGCGUCUGGCGCCUUCGGAGCGUUCAUAGCAGCGAACUACUCCUUGACGAGUAUCAUACUGGUGGAACAGAUCACGUUGGAGAAGUUCACUAACGCGUAUGGCCUGUUGCUGCUGAUGCAGGGAUUGGCUAAUCUGAUUGGACCGCCCUUGGCAGGUUGGAUAUACGACAUAACUGACUCGUACGACCUGUCGUUCUACCUGGCGGGCGCGUUCAUCGGCGUGUCGGGCGUCAUCCUGGUCAUCCUGCCGCUGUACGCGCAGGCGCGCCGCUACAACGAGCUGCGCAAGCGCGCGCCGCCCGCGCCGCCCGCCGAGGAGCCCAAGCUAAAUGGAGAGGUCAAACAGAACGGGAAAGUCAAGCUUAUUGUGUAAGUUGUUGGUGAUGCAUGUCACCCUGGUACUCUCUGGUGGUGUUAUACCCAGUAAAUCGUAACAUAACUAAAAUGACAGGACAAAGGUACAUAGUACUUCGCCUAGAGCGAGACGAGAGAUAUGUCUCUUUCGCACAUACGGUAUACAGCUUAGUAUGAAAGAGACGGAAGAUGUGUCGUUCUAAUUAUGUUAUGUUUUACAGGGUAUAGGACAUGUUGGAUCCUUAUGAUAUAUUUUUAAAUUAAAAAAAAAUACGCUCAAGUUUUUUGAGUUGGUGUAGCACAUCGAAGGGACCUUACCUACGUUAGACCGAAGCAAAAUUGAGUAAACAUUGAAGCCGGUUUUGCCGGACUUAGAAAGUUCUAAAACUAACUAGAGGUGUCAAAUUAAAAUUAAAACUUUUUAUCAGUAGUUUCUGAAAUAACCAGCUUUGGCAAACAUCACUGAAAGACUGGACAGAACAGUCGAAGGCUAUUUCCAUUAUAAUCUUUGCCUAUUCAAGGUAAGAUUGAAUAGGCAUUUAUGACGUAAGCAAGUGUAUUCCAUCUUAGGCCAUACAACUGUGCAUUAUGCCAGUGAAAUUCUUGUCUAUCCAACAUUAACAAAAGGGUAUCGAGGUGACAUGUUCAUUGACGUUAAAAGACGGUAUUAUUAUAAGUGUAAGAGUGUAAGCAUAUACCCGCUUCGACACAUUGCUGGUAAUUUCACCCUGUUUUGCGUUUGCUAGUAGGCGCAGUCGUGGCGUUAAGGACGUUGCAAAAUGUUGGCAAUGUCACAACCAAAAAGCUACUAAAAGGUCAUUUAUGGGUUUAAAAUAGCAACACUGUUGCGCCAUUGUUGCCAGCAAAGACAAAUCGUAACUUUUUUAUUUGAUUAAAAGUGCUAUUUUUUCGUCUUAGUAUUUUUUCAUGAAUAUGACAAGCAAAUGAACAUGGUGUGCAAAGUAAGGAUAUGCUGUAUCUGUAGUAGGUAUAAUAGUAAAAAUAUUUUGAAAUAAGAACAGAGUACCCGAAUGCAAGGACGUAAUGAUUGUACGAAACGGUGGCUUGAGGACGAGUGAUUUAUAUUAGCAAACUUGUUACAUUAUAGAGACCUCGGUAGCUUGUUACUGUGUUAUUCCGUUGUUCGUCUAGAGUUUAGUGUGAGAGAGUGUCCUAAGGGGAUAUUACAAUGUUUUACUUGUUAAUCAAACUAGGGGGCUAUUGUGUAACUCCAACGUUGAAUCCCUCGGGAAUAAAUGAAGCCUUGGUUUGUACGAGUUAGGUGCUUCAAAUGCUAAGACUCUAGUGUUUUUCGGAACGUGUUUUUUUUUUAUAAGCUUUCAUGAGCUUUACCAAUAUUUUUUACCUUUAUCUCUUUGUUAUACAUGUUGUGAUAUCUCAAUUACGAUGAUGGGAGUAUGAAUCAUGUGUCAUGAUUAAAUUAUUAAAAAGCGUUCUUUGGAGAGGCUAGUGAGUGGUAUUUUGUUUUUAUAGCACUUACCCGUGCUUAGGGAAAAUCACAAAGAGAACAUUUAAAUCGAAAAAUUCUGACUCGGACGGGACUUGAACCCGCAGUUCUUGUCAAGCCGAAGACUUGUCGGUCUAAAGUAAUAUUAGUACUCAAUAUUCUGGAUAGAUGGCGCCGGUAUUUGCUUAAUUUUAUUUUUAAAAUAUAAUCUUUGUGGAAAAUACGUUCCGUUUUAUAAUUUCAAAAAGAAAAUCACAAAUUAUGUAACGUUCCGUUCCUUGUAGUGUACCUACAAAGUUCAGCGCCAUCUAUCCAGCGGCUAGGCUAAAAAUUAAUUAAAAUAAAAAGAAAAUCCCUCAUUCAUGUGAUUGCGUAGGAUUUACAUUACGAUAAGAAUUUCGCAUGGACAGGAAAAGGACCCGGUGGUGUAAUGAUGAUGAUGUUGAUGUUGUAAAUGUAUAUGUGUGUCGUAGGUUUUACCUAAAUAAACUUUUUUAUUGUUAUUCUCUCCGGUUGAUUGAGAGGAAGCCUGUGCCCAGCAGUGGGACGUAUAUAGGCUAUUUAUGUUAUUUAUGUUUAUGUUAUUAUUAUUAAUGGUUAACACGCUCGUCCCGACUUGACAAGAGCUGCGGGAUUAUUUGCGAUUUAAAUUUUCUCUUAGUGAGUGCUAACUCAAACUGUCGGAAUUCAGUUUGCAAAUGAUUUUGUAGUUUAACAAAUUGGUACAACUACACUGCCAGCGAUAGAUUUUGUACAAAAGAGCUAGGGCCGAAUUGUUGAUUUUAAAGUAACAUCGCUAGUUUACAAGGUCAUCUAUCAUAAAUGGCUCUUUUGCGUCUAAAAUGGUAUUGUAAAUUGUAAUAUUCGAGUUUUAAAAUGCACUGUAGUGUAGACACUUUCUGUAAUAGGUUGUGCCCGGAAUCUAAUGAUAAUCAGGUUCCGGUAUAGCGAUUCUAAACGUACCCUAGGAGUUGAAAUUAGACGAAAUUAGUAACGACACUCACCAAAGACUGCCUCACGUUUGAAAUCAGUGAAAUAAGAUCUUCCCAUAAAUUAAAAAAUAAGUAGAGUAGUGGCUGAACCGCGCCGCCCUUUGCCUCCCUCGAUGAGUAUAUUUUUUCAAUUUACAAGCUCGCGCAAAGAGCUACGCGCGUUCAGCCUGUUUAUCGAUUCCUGAGUAGAAUAUUUAAUAAUUAUAUCGUUCAAUAUGUAUAUAAACGAAUGAUUAUAGUGUUUAAGUAUAAAUCGUGAAAAAAAUCAAUUACGUACCAAAAAAUAGUAGCUUUGUUUGAAUUUCCUUUAGAGUUAGAUUUAGAAUAGAGAAGGCGCUUGUUGCGAUCGCUCCGCAAUCGAAACUCGAAAUAGUGUUUUAUAAAUAUAUCGAUUUAACAUUUAGCUGAAAUUCCGAUGAUAACUUUGUAAUCUGUGAUUAUUUACUAUUAUGUACCUAGUGCUGUUUGCCUUAGAAAAUAAGUUAUACACAAAUCGCAUUAUAUUUCUACAUAAUAUUAUUAUAUUAAAUAGCGUGCUGAAAUACGGAUACUAAAUAUUAAUAUACGACGCGCACUUUGUUAACAAUUAAUAUUAAAAGCAAUAAAUAAUACUUCUCACAGAUUAUAAAGUGCCAGGUAGCUGUAUUUAUAAAAAAAUAUGUUUUCGAAUUUGCUAUAUUUGAAUAUUAUAGAAAAGUAAAAAAACAGUAUACUAACAAGUAGUCAGGUAUGACCCAUGACAAGACGUUUUACUAUGUGAAUGCAGAAAUCAUUAUAUUUGUGAUAUUUGUAGAAUUUAUUUCAGUAGAUUUAAGUGGUAUUACGUAGUUUUCUUGCCAAAUAUUGUUUUUGUCACUCACAGAUAAUUCUAUUGGGGUAUGUUUUUGUUUUAAUGUAAAUGAAUAAUUGCAGUAUCACAAUGUAUCUCAAUAUAAUUAUUUUUGGGUCAUUCAAGUUUGUAUCAAUGUUAUUUUUCCAUUAUUAGAAAAACUUUUUAAACAAUUUUAUAAAAAUAAUGACAUUUUCGGUAGGUAGGCUGACAUAGUUUGCUAUGUGUAAGUUAAUUUUCUUUUUGAUUUAUUUGUUUAAAUUACAAAUCAUUUAUUGCGAUUAAUUUUCUUUUUGAAUUACAUUUAUUUUGAAAAGAAUACUGUGCUGUAUUCAGCUUUGUAUUGAGCUAUAAUUCCUGGUGGACAAUUUUGCAAAGAUGGCAUUAAAGUGAUUGUAUGAAACGGGUAUACUGACGUAUUAUGUGCAGUUAUGUUGCGCUCAGCUCUAAGUAAAUUCUUUUUUGAAUUUA